AUGCCAUCACUCGUAGCAUACGGGCGAAAAUGGAACAUUGCCAGUGACGACUUUGUAUUUCCUGAAAUUACCGAAGCAUUAGUGAGAUUAGCAUGGAUGGCAUUUGCGUUCGCCGUUUUUAUUUUGCAUUUUCCCCUGUCAUGUUCUGGCAAGGAUAUGACCAUUUCUCUGCUGACACUGCUAUUUGUCAACGGCAUUACAGUAGCGUUAGCAUUCCUCACUGUUGCGAUAUCCUCAAAAGGGUCAAUAAUGAAUCCAUAUCCAAGACGGCAUGUGGCCACUCUAUUGUACAUAAGGCUACCGAUAUUUGUGCUUGAAAUAGCUCUAACCAUUAUUUCAACUGUGAAUGCUUUUCAACCGGAUCCACCAGAUUCUUUGUGCCAUUUUUCAAAUAUCCUGAAAGUGACAAUUUGCUUAGAGUGGGCGUUGAUUGUAUGCGUAUUCUUUGGCGUUCUUAUUGUAUUUAAUCCUGUGUAUGAUGAUAACGUGGAAGAUAGCAGCAUUAUAGCGCGAAGAACAUGGUCAAGAAGAUUUAAAAUAUUCACCAUUCGGCAAGAUGCCCCAAUGCGUGCUGCGAUGGACGAUCUAGCCAAUUUAAUGAGUUCCUUCUUUUCUGACGUUGAUAUUGUGUUCAGCGACGUGCUAGCAGGACUAUUUCUAGUAGUCCACUCGCCCACUAACGUAUAUCCACCAAUAAUUACAGCUGACAGUGAGCAUCCCGAAUGGAUGACUGUGGAGAACGCGUUGCAUUUUCAACACUUCUCCUCUUGUGUGUAUGGGUGGCCCACAUAUCUUUUGCACAACUUUGGGAUCAAGUCUACGUAUAGGUUGUUGAGAAAACUGCAGUUUUGUGGGCGGCUGCGUUGCGAUCAGAAGGAAAACGGUGAUGUCCCUAUGCGUAACAUCAGCAGCGACCAUCCUAUCCAUGACCGAAGCUUCUCUAAACUGAAUGCUAAGGUCUUAGUCAUCGAGGAUAACUGCUGUUUCUGCAACACAGCUGCAUUUACUUUAUCGAACGAGCAGAAGAACAUCGAUUUAUUUUUUGUUUCGUUUCGGAAUGAGCUGUAUGAGGUCCCAUUUGUGGUGCUCGCUGAUCAUGAAACUCGUAGUAUUGUUAUCACCAUCCGUGGAUCAUGUUCCCUUGUGGAUCUGGUGACUGACUUGUGUUUAGACGAUGAGGUUUUGUCCGUUGACGUUGACGCUGACCCACUUCUUCGCACGGAUACAACACUGGAUGCAGAAGGUGAAGUAAGAGUCCAUCGUGGUAUGCUAAUGAGCGCUCGAUACGUCUUUGAUACACUCAGGAAACACCAAGUACUCGAAGAUCUUGCGGUGUUAAACACAGGUUAUCAGCUGGUAGUUUGCGGUCAUUCCCUAGGAGCUGGAGUGGCUUCACUGUUGACUCUACUGCUGAAACAAGAACAUCCUGAUGUGAGAUGUUUUGCAUUUGCACCACCAGGUUGUGUCAUAAGUGAGAAUGGUUUACAUGAGAUGGAACAACAUGUAAUGGGGAUUGUGGCUGGGGACGAUGUAGUGUCAAGAAUUUCUUUUCAUGCGCUACAUCGAUUGCGGGUUAAAGUGGCAGCAGAGCUAGAAGCUUGUACAAAAGCAAAAUACGAGAUAUUGAUCCGCGGGAUAUUUCGAAUUUUCUUCCAUCCAGCAUGGGAAAGUGGUCCACUGUCCGGUACCAGUACUGUAACGGAUCGUGUGAAUCUCAUACCAGAAGGUGCAACUAUAAAUGGUGGCUCAUACGGAACAUCGGCUGUUGCUCCAAACACUGCAACUGCUGUAACGAUCUCAACAAAUCAAAGAUUAGCAUCAAGAGUUGAGCUGUUUGCGCCAGGCAAACUACUGUACAUCGCGGAGGACGAAAGCAAAGAGGGCGGAGUGGCAUGUGAAUGGAUAGAUCCAAAGUGCCUUUCGGAUGUGAAACUGACAGCGUCUGCAGUAACCGAUCAUCUACCGAAAAGCAUUGAACGAAUGUUAGAGAAGGUUAUCGCUGCUAAAGGCACAACUGUUACGAUUCCUACGAAUGAGAGCAGCGCCGGCGUUGCGAACACCGCCGCAGCGAACGCAUCAGCUCGAACCACGCCUCCUCGGGUAGUGGUCACUGACCAACCGCGGUCGUCUGCACAAUAA